UUUAUUUUUCGAUCGAUCGGACCUCACAUUGCGCAACAGCAACAAAACGUGAUGUUAGCCAAAUGUGCAUUAUUCGAUUCGCCUAACCGUGAAAUGUCAAUUGCUUGCCCUUAUUAUUUUUUACUAACGUUUGCCGAAACGAUAGGGCAGGAUGAUAUGAAGAGCUCUUGAAAAAAACAAGGAAUGAAUCAUACCAACGUUACUAUUCACGAUAUUUUAUCAGGUGAGUCGAACGAAGGAUUUCCGGAACGAUGACAUUCGUGGUUGGCACGAUGUAUUUUAGGACGCCAGGCGAUCUCCUUGUCCCUACACGUCAUCGGUGGCAUUAUAAUCGCGGUUAUAAUUUGCACUUGCUGCUGCACCCUGCUUGUGAGACACAAGUGUGCGAGGAUUAUUGAUAAGCUGACAGGAAGACGGAAAAAGGAAAAGUAUUUCCCUCCCGACAUCGAGGAAGGACGAAAGAAGUUGCGGAAAAAGAAGAAAAGACCCGUGUCGCCGGACUUGAUACCGACGACGGAAGUAACCGCGCCGAUUAUCCCAAAGGAACCGGUGAGGGCGGAGAGGUUGGAGACCCCGUCACCGACUCCUUGCUACAAAUGUUACAGAAAAAAGAAAAAGGGACGAAGAACGAGGCAGACACGAUGAGAUCGCGGAGAAGAUUAAUCCAUAAGUAAACGAGGCAACGAAAAAUGAGACAUCUUCCCGAAUUGAAAAGAAAUAAAAGCACAUGCUAUAAAAGAAUGAUCUUUUGUUUUUAUCUGCGCGAUUCUUUCUCUUUCUGUAACGUCUCGUUUCAAGAAAAAUGCGGGCGAUCGGUAUUUAUGUCGUAAUUAUCGCGAUAAUUUUUGUCUUAAGAAUCCACGGUACGAUAGACGUGAAUCUGAGCGAAUUGGAGUAUCUCGCAGCUCGACUGAGCCCAGUCGAAUGUAGGCGAUUAAUCGCCGCGCUUCAUUACACGUCUUAUGACUUGCCGAGCAGCUUGGCCGAGGCAGAGCGUAAGGUGGACGAGGAGAUCCCGUGUCUGCGUUUACUUCUUCAUUGGAAUAAUUCUCCCGACGAGGGCCGGGGAAAGACGCACGCGGCGAUUGUACACCGACUUCGACAGCUAAAUCGCAACGAUCUCGCCGAUUGGCUUGGCAAAACUACCUUCAAACAACUGGGAAAGGAUCUGGACAAUGCUAUUACGCUGUCCUUCGACGAGCUCGCCGAGGAAGAAAUGGAAACCAGCACCUUAAUUACAACAACGUCUGUUAUGUGGAUUCAAGAGGAAAAUCCGUGGUUAACAAUCGAUACAAUUCUUAUGGCUGUACUGCUUGGGUUGCUAGGAACGCUAUUUGUUUUAAUUGUGGCUAUUAUCAUACAUACCGUUAAGAGCAAUAAAAAUUAAACAUAAUGUUCUUCCUUUCUAUUUAAGUUUAACUGUGAAGUUUCUAAAAUAUAAAUGUCCACAUGUUAAAGAAUAAAUUAAU